AUGGAGUCGAGAAGCCUUCCUUGGGAUUUGGCAGAGGAGAUACUUUCUAGGGUUCCAGCUAAAUCUGUAGCACGAUUGCGAUCCACAUGCAAAGGAUGGAACGCUCUAUUGAAAAGUAUGAGCUUUGCUAAGAUGCACACUGCUAAAGCACCAAAGGAGGAGUCUCUGAAUAUCAUGUUAAUUGAUUCUAGGGUUUGGUUAGUAAGGAUCAAUCUCCAUGAUCCAUCAGCAAAGGUUGCAGCUGAAUUAUACCUUAAAGAUCCUCUUUCCAAUUCUUCACAAGUCGAGAUAUAUAACGUAUUUCACUGCGAGGACUUAUUGCUAUGCACCACCAAGGACAGUAGACUCGUGGUUUGGAAUCCAUGUUCAGGGGAAACCAAGUGGGUUAAACCUAGAGUCAGCUACAAGGCAUCAUCUGAUUACUAUGCUCUCGGUUACGACAACAAUUCUUCUUGCAAGAACUACAAAAUAUUGAGGGUGGAUCGUCAAGAUAUACCAAUCAAGAACGAGUACGAGAUUUAUGACUUCACCUCUAAUUCGUGGAGAGUUGUUGGUGUGUCUAUUGAUUGGUUUUUAGCACUAUCUCGUCGUGGCAUAUCUGUGAAGGGGAAUACUUAUUGGGUUGCUACUCAAGCAGGGACGCCACAUGCUGACUAUUUACUAAGUUUUGAUUUUUCAACAGAGAGAUUUCAAACUCUUCCUCUUCCUCUUCCUCAUCCGUUUCCUUAUAUGAAUGCGGUUUUAUCAGUGGUUGGCGAAGAGCAGCUUUGUCUGUUAUGUACUGGUUUCAAAUCUUUGAUGGGAAAUCUUGGACUCGAUGAUUUCCAAGUGUGGGUGGCAAAUACUUCCGAAUCAGUCGGGUCAUGGAGCAAGUCCCUAGGAGUGUAUUGUUAUAUACGUAAAAAGUAUUCUAAUGGAAUGAGUUUUUUGGUAGAUGAGCAGAACGAAGUUGUAAUGUACUUGGAAGACAACAACACGUUACACGUCGUGGGCAAAGAUAAACGCGCACACACGCACAUUGUGGGCGAUAAUAUUGGUGGAGAUUCUAGUUACUUAUCAUCAUCAUCUUGCUCAGUUCUUCUGAGUUAUGUUCCAAGUUUGGCUCGGAUCCAACAAGGUGGAGGACGCAAAAGGAAAGCACGAAGCAUGUGUGACUUGUAA